CGCUCCGAGGCGGGGGCGGCAGCAGUAGCGGCGGUGGUCUGUGCCUAAUACUCGGCUGCUGUCGAGCACGCAUUGGGUGCCGUUUUGGCCGCAGCUGUUCUCGCCGUCUCCUUUUCCGUCACGAUGGCGGGGAUCGACAAGCUUCCCAUUGAGGAGACGCUGGAGGACAGCCCGCAGACAAGGUCCUUGCUGGGUGUAUUUGAAGAAGAUGCUGCUGCCAUUUCCAACUACAUGAACCAGUUAUAUCAAGCCAUGCACCGAAUUUAUGAUGCUCAGAAUGAAUUAAGUGCAGCAACAUAUCUGACUUCAAAACUUCUAAAAGAAUAUGAAAAACAGCGUUUUCCACUAGGGGGAGAUGAUGAAGUUAUGAACUCUACUCUGCAGCAGUUUGCAAAAGUAAUUGAUGAGCUCAGCUCUUGUCAUGCAGUACUUUCAACUCAGCUUGCUGAUGCUAUGAUGUUCCCCAUAUCCCAAUUUAAAGAACGGGAUCUAAAAGAAAUAUUAACUUUAAAAGAAGUGUUCCAGUUGGCUAGUCAGGAUCAUGACACUGCAAUUAAUAGAUACAGCCGCCUCUCAAAGAAAAGAGAAAAUGAAAAGGUGAAGCAUGAAGUUAUAGAAGAUGUGUAUACCUCCAGGAAAAAACAGCACCAGACCAUGAUGCAUUACUUCUGUGCAUUAAAUACUCUUCAGUACAAGAAAAAAAUAGCUAUAUUAGAACCUUUGCUUGGAUAUAUGCAGGCUCAGAUAAGUUUCUUUAAAAUUGGUUCAGAAAAUCUCAAUGAGCAGCUUGAAGAGUUUCUAACAAAUAUUGGAACAAGUGUACAAAACGUUCGUAGAGAAAUGGACUGUGAAGUAGAGACUAUGCAACAGACAAUAGAGGAUUUGGAAGUAGCCAGUGACCCAUUAUAUAUGCCCGACCCUGACAUCGCAAAAUUUCCUGUCCAUCGGAACUUAACUCGAAAGGCUGGUUAUCUUAAUACUAGAAAUAAGACCGGCUUGGUAUCUUCUACCUGGGAUAGGCAAUUUUACUUUACUCAAGGUGGAAAUUUGAUGAGUCAGGCCCGAGGCGAUGUAGCAGGAGGACUUGCCAUGGAUAUAGACAACUGUUCAGUAAUGGCUCUGGACUGUGAAGACAGGCGAUACUGUUUUCAGAUCACUUCUUUUGAUGGAAAGAAACAGGCUGGAGCUGGAAGAUGGCAGGAGCAUUGGCAAGCAGAGCAUAGGCAAGAAGAGGCAGUGUUUCAGGGGGACUGUGCAGUGAUGACUCUUCUCUCAUCAUCACCCAGCAUCCUGACCAAAAAGUCUUCAAUUUUACAAGCAGAGAGCAAAAAAGACUAUGAAGAGUGGAUUUGUACAAUAAACAAUAUCUCCAAGCAGAUAUAUUUAACUGAAAAUCCAGAGGAAAUUGCUGCAAGAGUUAACCAGUCAGCUCUGGAGGCCGUCACCCCCUCUCCCUCCUUCCAACAGAGGCAUGAAAACUUGAGACCGAUAAUACAAAACCAACCACCCACAGCUCGCACUGGUAGUUCAGGAUCUCUGGGCUCGGAGUCAGCAAUUUUAACGGCCCUCUCUUUGGAUUCUCUUGUUGCUCCUGAUACUCCUAUCCAAUUUGACAUAAUUUCUCCAGUUAGUGAAGACAUACCUGACCAGGGUAAAACUUCUGGACACUCAGGCAGACGUACAAAUCCAUUUGGAGAAACUGGAAAAGGCUCCAAAUCCAAAACUGAAGAUUCCAUUCUUCAUCAGUUAUUUAUUGUCAGAUUUCUUGGCUCUAUGGAGGUAAAAUCAGAUGAAAAUCCAGAUGUUGUCUAUGAAACAAUGCGCCAAAUCUUAGCAGCCCGGGCUAUCCAUAACAUCUUCCGAAUGACAGAAUCCCAUUUAUUAGUAACUUGUGACUGUUUAAAGUUAAUAGAUCCACAGACUCAGGUCACAAGGCUCAGAUUUCCAUUAUCCAGCAUAGUCUUAUGUGCUACACACCAAGAAAAUAAACGCCUUUUAGGAUUUGUGCUUCGGACUUCAGGAGGAAGAAUAGAGAACCAUCCAACUUUGAUCUGUUAUAUAUUUGAGUCCAACAAUGAAGGGGAAAAGAUUUGUGACUCUGUUGGACUGGCUAAACAGAUAGCUUUGCAUGCUGAAUUGGACCGUAAAGCAUCAGAGAAACAAAAAGAAAUAGACAGAGUAAAAGAGAAACAAGAGAGAGAACUUAAUAAACAGAAACAAAUUGAAAAGGACUUAGAGGAACAGAGUCGCUUGAUAGCUGCUUCCAAUAGAACAAACCAGCCCAGUGGCGAGGGACAAUUUAUGGUUCUUAGUAGUAGCCAAUCAGAAGACAGCGAUUUGGGAGAAGAUGGUAAGAAGAGAGAGUCGGAAGCAUGAAGUUGUACAUCGUGUUUCUUUAAGUUGGACUCUACUAAGACAAUAUCUGUGGUGAAAUGGCACAAGUUAACCCAUAAUGCAAAAAUCAAGGUGGAGGCUUGGCUUCAUUGUCUAGAAGACUGAACUUGUUGACCCAGUUAUGCUUGGUUUUUUUUUUUUUUCUUUAACAGGUAUAUACUUUGCAGUUACUGUAAUAACAAGAACUAGUUCCACUUGCCAAAAAAAAAAUGUAUUCUUGGAGUAGGUGGUUACUGGCUUUUUUUAGUUUUAGUUUUUGUGUGUAUCCAUGCAGCUAGCUUUGUACACAUCAUUUAUCCAUUGGCUUCAACUGUACGCAGAAAUACCUGUCUCUCAGUUCUUGUACUCAGAGCAUUUUGCUGGGAACAAAGUUUUCUUUGGCCUGAAGUGGUUCAAAAGCUUUUUCUUUGGUCUGAGGCAGAAAAUCAGUAUGAGAUGCACUGAAAUAUUAACUUUGACAGCAGAGAAUGUGCAAUAUAACUUUAUGGGGAGAUUUACUGUUUCUGAUUGUGCUAGCUAGUUGAAGAUAAUUUCAGGGCACUUUUGUGUAUAGUUGAUGUUACUCCAUCGGUUGAUUUGUAUCCUAGAUCAGUGGGAUACACCUCUGCGUGUCAAAAUGGACACAACUGCUGUUGGCAUGAGAGUGUCACAUUUUAGAUUCUCAGGUUGGGACUUGCAUUUUUGCCCCAAGGCAACAACAGUUUAAACAAAGACUUUAAUUUGUUACAAAGUGUACCCAUUUUGUUCAAAGGUUCAAAUACACCCCCAUGUGGAAAUGUUGGUUUAUUCUAAUUUUUGGGGGUUGUGUUAAAACAGAGUGUUAGCAAAAUUGACACUGCAACCAAGCAUCUCCAUUAGUUAUGCUUCCUACCUACGCAAAAAGACCUGAAGUGUUUGGAAAGUAGUGUUUACUUGUAGCAGUAGACUGACAUUCUUCAUAUAAUUCUUCACAAGGAAUAGUUCAUCUAACCUUUUGCUUUGUAUGAUUCUGAAUCACCCAUAAAAUAUCCGUAUUGGCAAAAGCUAAUUUAAGAGAAUGUAGUUUUUUGCACUAAUUAUUAUAAAUCGUACUCGUGAUGCAAAAAAAACCCCACUAUCCUGCAGAAUUGAGAAAAACAGGUAAUAUGACAGGAAAGUAGAUAAAAAAUGGUUUUAGCUCUAGGCCAUAAAUAUAAAUUGUAGUGGUUUCCUAAGGGCCUCUU